GUGGCCCCACGGCAGCCAGCUGUGCUGUGGCCUCCGCGCGGAAGGAGACUCCCGUCCCCGGCUCUCCGAGCACCCCUCAGGGCGCGCGCCGCUACCCUGCGGCAUGAGUGUGCGCGCGACGGGGCGGUAGCGCGCGCGCGGGGCAGCGAGAGCGCCGCCUGGAGGCUGAGACGUCGGUACUGCGCGCAGGGCAGAGCCGAGGAGCAUGCGCGAUGCAGGAGUGCCUGGGGCGUCAGUAUUGUGCGCGGGGAGAGGCAGGCGAGCAUGCGCGCGUGGGAGAGCAGCAGACUGCGACCCUAACGUGGUGCCGUGCGCUGGCGUCGCUGGGCCGUUGAGCAUGCGCGGUCGGGCGCAACUGCCGCGGACGCAGUUGCUAGGCAGCGGCAAGAGGCGCGGAGACCCGGGCGCAGGUCUCGUAGAAGAAUUAAAGGAAUGUGAUAUGAUAACACAAUCUGAUAAAGCCAGGCGGCGAUGUUCGACGUUUCCUGAUUCAGCAUGUUAAAAAAUAAGGGUCAUUCAACUAAACAAGAUAAUCUAGCAGUCACUGCAGUUGCUUUACAAGAUCACAUUUUACAUGAUCUUCAACUUCGAAAUCUUCCCAUAGCAGAUCAUUCUAAGACAAAGGCACCAAAGAGAAAGAACAGACCCACACCCCUAAGAAAUACAGAAGCAGUAACAGACACUGGGCUUAAGAGAACUACACACGGCCCUACAGUGGGAGACCCGGAAAAAGAAUACGUUCUUGAUCCAGAACCACCACCAUUGACUUUAGCACAGAAGCUGGGCCUCUUUGAACCGCCCCCACUACCACUGUCAUCAGAUGAAUGGGAAAAGGUGAAACAGAGGUCCCUCCAGCAAGGGGAUUCCGCGCAGCCGUGCCCAAUAUGCAAAGAAGAAUCUGAACUUCGCUCCCAGGUGCUGCUCUCCUGCUCCCACGUGUUCCACAGGGCAUGCCUUCAGGCUUUUGAGAAGUUCACAGAUAAAAAAACCUGUCCUCUCUGUAGAAAAUACCAGUAUCAAACCAGGGUGAUUCACGAUGGGGCCCGGCUAUUCAAAAUGAAGUGUGCAACAAGGGUCCAGGCCUGCUGGAGGGGACACGUGGUGAGGAAGUGGUACCGAGACCUGAGGAGAGCCGUGCCUCCCGCAGAGGCCAAGCUGAGGGGGAAGUUCUUUGAAGAAAAGUUCUCAGAAAUCAGUCACCGAAUGCUGUGCUCAUACAACACGGACAUCGAAGAGCUUUUUGCAGAGAUCGACCACUGCUUGGCCACAAACCGAAGAAUUCUUCAGCAGCUGGAGGAGAAGUGUGGCCAUGAGCUCACAGAAGAGGAAUGGGGGAAGAUCCAGAGCCAGGCUCUGCUCCGGGAGACCCACGAAUGCUCCAUCUGCCUCACGCCACUCUCAGGGGGCAGUGAUGGUCAACGAGCCCCCUCAGGGUCGGGCUUCAGCCAGCCUUCCCGGAAGACAGUCCUCCUGUCCUGCUCACACACGUUUCACCACAUGUGUCUGCUGGCCCUGGAGGAGUUCUCCCCGGGGGACAGCUCUCCUUUCCACACGUGUCCUCUCUGCCGCUCUCGCUACCAAAAGAAAAUUCUUGAAAAUCAUUUGGGGACGGGUAGUUUACCCUAAGUUUGGAUGAAAUGUGGGCAUUUGGGUUAAGUACUACAGAGCAAUCUGUUCUCCAGUGAAGCACACUCUUAGUUACACAUGGGGACCUAACUCUUCUAAAAGCUGACAACCUAUCCAGUUUCAGUCACUGUAAAAAAAAAUUUCAAAUUCCUGAGUGGAUACAAACUCGAGUUUCAGAGCUUCUGUAAUUUACUGACUUGCUGUGCUUCCGGUUCAUCAGUGGGGAUUGCUCACAACAGUAAAAGUGCUCUUUUCUUUGAUGGUAAUCUGAUCAGCUGGCCUAUUUCCAGGCAGUUCGGAUUGGCACGACGUGGGCUGCCAGGAUGGUCACAGCACCCCACCUUCCCAGGCACACAGUUACCCACAUAAAGCUAGCAUCUGACAAACAAGCUGGUAGCCUGACAACACCCUUUAAGUGUCUUAACGCUACUUCAUUCCUAAUACUUGUUUUGUAGUAACUGCUUUAUUUCUAUGUGAUAAACUACUGUUAUAGUUCAGCAUUUUGAAUAUGUAAGUCCAAAAUAGAAAAAUAAAAUAUGUAGUGGUACCCAACAUCAGAGACUAGUAAAUCACAUCUUACUGACUUGGAGCCACACAUACU